AUGUUGGGACAUCCCGAUUUGCUGUUUCCGUAUUUGGAAGUGUUCGCGAUUGGUAACAGUCAAUUAAAAGGGUCAAUACCGGUGUGGUUAAGAGGGUGUGAAAACUUACAACUGCUGGAUCUUUCAUGGAACCAAUUAAGCGGAAGAAUUCCUAGCUGGAUCGGCGAUUUUAGUUCCCUCUUCUAUUUGGAUUUAGAGAAUAAUUCAUUCACCGGAGACAUACCAAGGAGCUUAAGCGAACUACGAAGUUGCAUCAACAGUGGCAGAUCGUUCCCGCAUGCAGGCUCUCCAUCGAAUAUGCCACUCCGUUCGGAGAAAGAUGGAAAUUUUUUUACAUACAACCAAUUCUUGAACUUCCCAUCAACCUUGGACCUUAGUCACAACAAGCUCAAUGGACCGAUUUGGCCGAGUUUUGGAAACCUUAAGGGCCUUCAAGUAUUUUCCUUGGACAGCAACGAAUUGUCGGGCGAUAUACCGGAUAGCUUGUCAGGGAUGCAAAGUUUGGAGAAACUAAAUUUGUCUCACAACCGGUUGACGGGAGAAAUACCCGCGUCCUUCCAGAAGCUGACUUUCCUAUCGGCUUUCGAUGUGUCAUACAAUAAGCUCUCCGGCGCAGUUCCGUUGGGAGGCCAGUUUUCGACCUUUCCAGACUCGAGCUUCGAAGGAAACAUCGGCCUCUGUGGUAGUAGUAGACCAAGCUUACGCUCAUGUCAAUCACAAGCAAAACCACCAUCUGAUGAGCUUCCAAACGACGAGGCUUCGACCGACGGAACCCCAUAUUCACAGGCUUUCGGGAUGGCUAGGUUUCAUCUGGGACAGUAA